CAGAUGGAGUGCUGUGUGCGUGUGUGGAGAUGAGCUGAAGUCAUGAGCCUGGGCUGUUGGAGUGGUUUUAAUCAGCAACCCGUUAGAGGAGAAUGGAAAACGUCUGACAGGGUGAAGAACUGAAUCGGACAUUGCUUGCCUUUCUCUGCUGGGGGCCUCUCAUUUCUUGCCUGCUGAUGUCAUGGAAGAACUCAAGUCCAGAAGUGAUGGAGAGAGAACUUGAGUACAGAAAACAUCCCUUUCUGCUUUUCUUUCAUGCUGGUGGAAAGCAGCCAGACUGGAAAGCAGCCCCUAUCAUGUGGAAAUGGGACAAACAGAUCUGAGGUGCCAUGGCUUGCCGGCAGAUUGUGCCUGGCCGGAGAUGGUGUCGUUUUCGCCCAUUCCUGAUGGUGCUGGUUCUGGCUGCCUAUCUCUUCUACCAGACCCUGAUGCCUUUAAGAUCCAAGAGACCAACCAUUCCUACAAGUGGCCAGGGACUGCUGCUCAACAAAGCAGUUGAGGUGCCACAUCAGACGCACCAAGUCCUUGCCAGGCGAGUCAGUUGCUUCCUUCCUUCUAACAAACAAAGGGGGCAGAAGGAGAUUGAGGAUACCAGUUUUAAGUUUUUUAGUAAUAAAGCUAAGGCAGCCAUACUGCACAUCCCUUCUUCUGGCAGUGGACAAGAUCUUCAGUUAUAUCAGCAAAUCCUUACACAACACAAUUAUAGAGUUACAGUUGUUGAAGACAGGAAGCUAAACAGAAAUGAACAUUUACAUCCAGAUGAAUUAAGUUCUUGGGACCUUUUGAUUUGCCUCUCAUCUAACAAAGAGGACCAUGAAAAUUGCUUAAAUAUAGUGGAAUCAUAUCAACCAACGCUACUGCAAAAGGCAAAUGUUCUCUCUCAAAUCCAGCAUCUGCUUUCCAGAAAGGAGGGAUUGUGCCAAAUAAUGAGAACAUUCCCAGAUUUGCAUCUUUCAAUUAUUUCUUCUGCUUGCCCAGAAUCAAAAAUUAUAUCUCUUCAUACACUCAAAUCAUAUGAUAAGAAUGAAAGGAUACGCUUGACAGAAACAUUACAUCAGCCAGUCAAGGUUGUUCACCAACAUCCAAUCCCCAUUGAGACAGAAAACAAGGAAGCCUUUAAGAUUCAAGAUUUUUCGAUCAUCAUCAAAGUGUAUGUGUUGGUUACAUCAUUAACACCUUUACAGGCAUUCAUUCAUUCAACUGGAAUUGUCUGGGAUCCACCUAAGAAGAAGCAUUUUUCAGUCAAGUUGCAAACAUUUUUUCAGACAUUUUUGAGGGCCGCUUCUCCACAGCAGGCUUUGGAGGACAUGAAAGAGGCAAUAAGCAAACUCUUGUUGAUAACUGAGGUUUUCAGCGAAGCAGCAUUACCUCAGCCACAAACUACUAGCCAAUGCAGUUCUUGCUUUCAGAUGUUAACUUUUGAUAUUGGAUUUGGACACACUUUUUAUCCUACUGUUCUUGAGGUACAUGAAUAUUUUGAUUUUCAAGCUGAUGAAGAUUCAUUUUCAGAGGACCAAAGUGUUAAAGAAAGUCUUCUAAGAGAUACAUUUAGUAUCCUGUUAUCAAAUCAAACAUCUUCUUCCACUUUCUUUGAAGCUAUGCAGAAUGUAUAUCGAUCAGCAAGAAUUAAGGAUGACCAUCUCAAGGAGAAUUCUGAUUUUUGCCUAACAUUAGAAGAAUUAAAUCCAUUGAUUAGCUUUGUGAAAGGGAUUCAUAAUCCAGGGCAGUUUGAAUUGCUUUUCCCUUCUGCUGUUCCUAAAAUCCAUUUUUUGCUGCAUGAUCUUUAUCGUAUAGUGAACCCAGGAAAAAAGCUUAAUUCCAUCCUAGCUCUUCAUUGGUUCCUUUCAAGUUUAUUUAAACAGUUCCAAGGAAUUAGCAAAGUAGCAUCUGCAAACCUUCCAAAAAUGCAAAACCGUUCAAGAAAUAAGCCUUUGAUGACAGCUAAAUGGUCAAAUCUUGGGAUUUCUUAUUCAGAAAAAGACAACAUUCAACUAAGGGUAUCCUCCCUCGUCAAGGAAAAAGAUAAAGAACUGCACAUUUUAAAUCUGGCUAAAGAAAUGCAUUGCAGUCAUGAUAAAGAUACACUACCUCAUAUCAGGCAGAUCAUCACCAGCCCACAUUUGGACUUAAAUCCUAAUUUUGACCCCAGGAUCAAAGAAUACUACACUGAGGUGCCUUUUGAUCUUUUGACAAUCAAGAUUAGAGCAGAACCCAUGAAUUGUCAAUGUGAAGCUCACUUGAAUGAGAGACAAGGACCAAGCUCUGCACAUUACCCACUUGGAUUAGGUAUAAACAUAGUAAUUAUUGUGGUAACAGACAAGUCUCAAUCAGUCAGUGAGAUCGUGAGCAUCUACAAAAUCAUCAUUUUUCGUGAAGACCGUCCAAGCUUGCCAUUGUUUGAUGAUUUCAUGCUGUGUGGUUUUGUACAGGAUUGUGGUUCAGUCAUUUAUCCUGAGGAAUCCUGCGGUUUGCAGCCUCUCUCUGCUGAAUACCUGUCAAUCAUUUCACAGCCACAGUUGAAGACAUGUGAAAUGGGGGAUGUAAAAGGACAGUGGGUUGUUCCUUGCCUUAGUUGUUCUGAUAAUAGAACCUGUGAUUGGAGGCAGAUAACAUGGCAGCCAAGAAAUUGUCAGUACCCUGUUCUAAAUAAACCAAAACUCCAGAAGUGUGUAGAAAGAAAAAAGGUUCUUUUCAUUGGUGAUUCCACUAACAGAGGGAUGAUGUAUUACCUGAUAGAGAGAGUGAAUGAGACACUUCAAGAAUGGCAAAAGGCACAUGGCAUGAAGUUUUAUCACAAUGUGAACAAUGGAAGCACUUUCAUUAGUUAUUCAUAUUAUCCCCAAUUCUGGAUCAGUGUCAGUCAAAGACCUACAUUUGAAGAAGCUCUAGAGCAGCUGCUAUUCAGAUCACAGCCAUUAGAGAAUACAGACCAGACCAUACUAGUUAUUGGUGGAGUCCAAUGGCUUAAUUUCAGUCACUUGCAUAUUAUUCAAAAAGUACUAAAGCGAAUGAAUCUCUCAAAUAUAAUGGUAGUGAUAAAAUCCCUAGGAAUGGGCUUUCAUCUGCCAGUAGAUGGAGUACACACUUUGUCGUCAGCAGAAAUACAGAAUUUGUGGAAAGAAAAUCUUGCUAUUCUAAACACUGCAAAACACUAUGGCUAUGAGGUGGUUGAUACUUUCAUUAUUACAAUGGGACGGUACAAGGAAUUUUUGCAAGGGAAAUGUGGAUGUCAUUUUCAUGAGGUGGUGAAAUCAAAGGCAUCUGAAAAAGGCUUUCCUAUAGCAACGACAUUCUCAAGACGCUAUAUUCUGGGCAAAUAUUUCAACAACCAAAGCAAUCUCGCAAAACUGCAAGCAGUUUAUGCAACCAAUUCUCAAUCUCCUUAUCAUGUGAGAGGCCCAAUCAAUCAAGUUUAUUCUGAAAUCCUCCUCAGCAGGAUCUGUGGGAACAACAGAAAGGAUGUCAGCGUGUAAUUUUGAAUGGUAGGCAUGUAGAGCUCAAAGACUCCCCACUUUCCCAUGGAGUAGCCCACGGAUCCUCUCCAAUUUUUGUACACAUUUCUCUGAAAGGCGGAACAGGCUAGCAUAAUUCAAGGCAUGUGGGCAUUUCAUCAAAGCCUUAAGAAAAUCAAGAUGGAUCUUCUUAGAUUUGUGGUUUCAGAGGGAGAAACAGAAGCGCAAGAGGCGAAAGCAAGAAGAAAGAGUUACUUGAAAGAGCGCCCAACAUUAAAUCAGAUGUAAGCUAAGUUUAUGCAAUAUUGUAUGAUAGGAUGUACUGCAAUGCAUUAUCUCAUUCCAUGUGUAAAGUUUUUAUCGUUAUAAAUGAAAAAAAAUCAAUAGAGGAAAAUGUACUUUAAGCAUUUGCAUCGAGAAAAUGAUAGCAUCAGUUCUAAGACUGCCACCCCCCAAAAAAUCUCACAAGAUAUUUUUCUCCAAAUUAUGUGCCAUCAAGUCAGUUUCGACUCCUAGUGACUACAGAUAAAUCGUUUUCCAUGACAAACUGUCCAUAACUUGGUCUUUUACUUCUUCCAACAGUCUAUACAUCACCACGGUAACUGAACACAUCCACCUUGUUGCUAGUUAUCCUCUUCUUCUCUUUCCUUCCAUCCUUCCCAGCAUUAUAACCUUCUCUAGAUCGCUUGAAAUAAUGUGUCCAAAGCAGGAUAAUUUGAGCUGGAUCUAGUGAGUAUUUUGGGUUGAUCUUGUUCAAAUUAAUCUGACUUACAUCCAAGAUGCUAGGUAACUUCCACUUGUUGCUCUAUUGUACCGAUUAAGGUUACACAAGUACCAUGUGGCUGUAUGAAGAAGUUCUGUUCCUUCUUCUUUGUUCUUUGUUGGUUAGAUCAGUGACCCCCAACCUUU